AUGAAGUCGUGUUUGAUGCCAAUAUUUCUCUUUUAUGUCCUCCAGUCGGGCAUUCAUGGUCAAGAUUGCACGUUUGAAAAUAAUUUAUGUGGAUGGACUAAUGCCAAUAAUGAUGACAUUGACUGGAUUCGGCAAAAAAGUAACACUGGGACGAAACAUACUGGGCCAAAUGGAGAUCACACGAUCGGAGUUAAUGGACACUUCGUGUAUAUUGAGAAUACAUUUGUUGGUGAUCUAGGCGACAAAGCUCGAUUGAUUAGUCCCGGUAUUAGUUUCACUGACGAUAAUCGACAAUGUCUAACAUUCUGGUACCACAUGUAUGGCGCACACAUACAAACAUUGAAUGUUUACCUGGCUGAUCGUGAAGGACUAGGUGCUGCCAUAUGGCGCAGACGCGGUUUGCAGGGAAACGAUUGGAAUAAAGCACAGAUUACAUUAGGUGCGUCUGGUAUUGGUGCAAAGAAUGUCGUAUUUGAGGCAGUUCAUGGCAUUAUACAGGGAGACAUAUCAUUGGAUGAUAUCACCCUUGUAGAUGGAGACUGUAUUCCAGAUUAUUGUGACUUUGAAGACGGCACUGCAUUGUGUGGAGGAAUACAGGAUCGGACGGAUACAUUCGACUUCUUACUUUCAACUGGCACUUUAGGUUCUGCCUCCGAUCAUACACUUGGAACUUCAUUCGGGCAUUUGCUAAUGAUAUCAACAGCAACCGAUAACAGAUAUGGAACAGCUCGUUUCAUCACAUCUACAUUCUUCGCUAAUUCCACAAAAUGUCUGCAGUUUUAUCACACUAAAAGUGGGGACCAGAAUAUUGGUGCGUUAAGGGUAUAUGCUCAGAUUGGUAGUAACCGUGGUCCCGUACUCUGGUCUAAGAGUGUAAGCUUUGAAUACGGAUGGUACGAAGAGCGAGUGACAAUUGAGACUGUGGAAGAUUUCCAAAUUGUAUUUGAAGUAGCUCGCAAUAAUGGUAACUCUGGAUACCUUGGAAUUGACGAUGUCUUCGUUUUUGACGGAGUUUGCUCCUCUGUAGGUGAUUUGCCAGGUUCUUGUGAUUUUGAAAAAGGACUUUGUUCCUGGAAAAACACAUUUGGAGAUUCGAUGGACUGGGUUGAAAACAAAGGUAGAACUGGCACUGGAGGCACGGGUCCAUCUACCGACCAUACUCUUGGAACUGAAUAUGGCACGUAUUUGUAUUUUGAAGCUUCAAACAUUGUAACAGGUACAACCGGUGCUGUAUACAGUGAACCAUAUGAAGCCAACGUUGGUGAGAGUCGCUGCAUGACGUUUUGGUAUCACAUGUACGGGAAGAGUGUUGGGAAAUUGACAAUACAACAACUGCUGGCAAAUGGAGACGUAAUCGAUCUAUGGACCAUGAGUGGUAAUCAAGGUACAUUGUGGAUUCCUGCACGAGUUGGAUACUCUCAGACACAAGAUUAUAUGUUGAGUUUUAAUGCAACACGUGGCGAUGGUGGUCCAUCCGGUGACAUAUGUAUUGACGAUAUAGCAAUAACUACUGGAUACUGUUCAUCUUCCUAUAGUAUAUUCGAUUGUGAUUUCGAGGGUGAUUUUUGUGGAUGGAAUCAGACAACGGAUGAUGAAUUGGAAUGGAUCAGAAAUCAAGGUGACACAGGAUCUCCCCAUACUGGUCCUUACGAAGACCACACUAAGGGAGCGUAUGGAUGGUACCUUUACAUCGACAAUAUUGCUCAGCAAACUUUCGGAGACGCUGCACGACUACGAAGUCCAUCUGUUACGUUUGAAGAAAAUCAACCAAAAUGUCUUACAUUCUGGUAUCACGUGUACGGAGCCCAUGUUGGUUCAUUGAGUGUUUAUUUAGAAGCAACACAAGGACUUAAUCCAAUAUGGACAAGACGAACAACUCUGGGUGACCGAUGGAACCAAGCCAAAGUAAAUCUGUUACUUACAUCUGACGACACACGUAGCGUUGUCUUAGAAGCGACACAGGGGUAUAGAAUCCAUGGUGACAUUGCUAUUGAUGAUAUUAGCUUAGAAAGUGGAUUUUGCAAGCGAGAUUAUUUUGGUUGCGAUUUUGAGGAUAAUACACUGUGUGGUGGUUCAUUUGAAAGUACAGGGAAAUUCAACUGGACUUUGACAGCGGCCGAUGAUACUACUGGACCAUCCUACGACUACACGUAUAUGACUAUGUCAGGUCACUACCUACUAUUAAAAACAUCCCUUGCUAACCAGGGACAGUUAGCUAUAUAUUAUACAGCUACCACAUCGACCACAUCCAACAGAUGUCUACAGUUCUACUAUGCCGGCAGUAACGAUGACUCGGCUUUGUUGAGCGUUCUAACUAAGGUCAAUGGACAUACAAGUCACCCGAUAUGGACACGCUACCUUCAGAUUGGCGAUGGGUGGCAAACUGGUCAAGUGUCUAUUAAACAACAGAGGAAUUUUAAGAUAAUAUUUAUAGUACAUAUGCUUGGGAAUGCAGCCAGUGAUGCUUAUGUUGCAUUGGACGAUAUACAACUAUUGGAUACUGACUGUCCGAGUCCAGCUAAUUGCAUUUUUGAAUUUGGUAAAUGUACCUGGAGAAAUAGCAUUGUUGGAGACCAGUUAGAUUGGACACUGCAUAAAGGUGGCACCGGAACUGGCGGCACUGGGCCACAGAAUGACCAUACCGUGGGUACGGGUGAAGGAACUUAUUUGUAUUUAGAAGGUUCUAACACAAAUGAAGGAACUUACGGUGCAUUCUAUAGUGAACCGCUACCUGGAGCCUCGAAUUACAGAUGUUUUGAGUUUUGGUAUCACAUGACCGGAAAACACAUUGGUACAUUUCAAGUAGCCAUAUUGAGCAAAGGCGAUCUAUCACCAUCUACUAUAUGGACUUUGAGUGGUGACCAAGGAGACAGUUGGUUAUAUGGCAGAAUACCAUUCAAACAACUAGACGAAUCACAGUUGGUAUUAAUUGGCAUACGUGGUACAGGAUCUAACAGUGAUACAGCUGUUGACGAUUUGGUUAUCAGCGAUGGUUUAUGUACAGGCUUACCACCUGAAGCUGCUGUAAAUCCUCCAACGUCAGCCCCGACACCACCAACUUCAAACCCAUGCGGUUCCGGUAGAAUUAACUGCACUGACGGUACAUGUAUAGAUAUAACGCAGUAUUGUGAUUUUACACCACAAUGUCCGGACUCUUCAGACGAAGAACUAUGUCCUAAAUCAUGUAACUUUGAAGCUGACGAAUGUGGUUGGUAUGAAGGGACGCCGAAAGAUAAUUUCAACUGGCACAGAGCACGUGCGUAUGAUACGCGACAUACACCUGACCUGGCGCCUCAAUAUGAUCACACAAAUAAUGGCGCCCACGGCUACUUCACGUACAUAGCACCAGUUGGAACGAAUUCGUACGAUACAGCUGAAUACAUGAGUCCACAAUUUGCAUCUGCUGCUCCUGGAUGUACACUUGAUUUUUGGCUGUACAUGAAUGAUUUAGUUUGUGAUCUUGUAGAUAAUUGUGAUGAUAACUCAGAUGAAAUGAACUGUGAUGAUUAUAUACAAUGUGAUUUUGAGAAUGAUUUAUGUGCUUGGACGCAGGCCUCGAUUACAGAUAACAUGAACUGGUUGCGCAUAUCUGGACCAACGCCAUACAAUUACUACUCUGGUCCUCCCUAUGAUCACACAUACUCCAAUACUACAGGUUAUUUUCUCUAUGUUGAUAGUUCAGAUAAAGUUGAAGGUUCAGCGGCCCGAAUAGCCACUCCAUUCUUUCCAGCCAGUAAAGACGUAUGUACGAUUAGAUUCUGGUUUCACAUGUACACUGAUGUACCAAAUACCAUGGGACAUCUACGGGUUUACACCGAAUCCAACUUAACAAACGAUCAGGUACUACUUAUGUGGGAAAACUGGCAGAAUAUGGGAAAACAUUGGAAUUAUGCAAAAGUAGUCCUGGGAAAUCCACAUAGCUUCCGUGUUGUAUUUGAAGCAAUCACAGGCGGAAAGGGACUGUCAGAUAUUGCAAUCGAUGAUAUUACAUUUACUCAAUUAUGCCGCACUCCAGGUGACAGCUCAGUUCCAGCAGGAUUGUGUACACGUAAACAAAUAUUUUGUCCCGGAGAUAAGAUAUGUAUCGAUGAGACUUGGUUGAAUGAUGGGAAUAUCGAUUGCCCAACUGAUUGCUAUGAUGAAGAACAGUUCAGAUUUAACUGCGAAGCCGCUGUUCCACUACCAACCCCUGAAGAGAACAAAUCAAAUGCUGGUGCCAUUGCUGGUGGCGUUGUCGGUGCUGUGGUGUGUGCUGUUUUUGUAAUCGUCCUUAUUAUAGUGGGCAUCACAUGCUAUAGAAAGAAGGGAAGCUUCAGGUUAAACAUUAACUUUCGUCAGAGCUCAGCCAACACACCAAAGGUCCGUAUGAGUGAUAUUGACAAUAUAUAUAACGAAUCGCCAAUUUCUGGUGGUAAGGAAUUUUCUCUUGAUAAUCCUGGAUAUGAAGAUUCUUUGUAUACUAGCGACCCGACAUGCGUCCAUAGAACAUCGUCUUCUAUUGCGUAA